GGUAACAAUCUGAAUACGUCACUCCCGGUCCUCGCUCCUUUCUCCGAGCCUCUGUCGACUGUGUGGCCCGCGUGUUUACACACUCCCAGAUGAAGGAGUCGAUGAUGAACCAGGAGAAGCUUGCCAAACUGCAGGCGCAGGUCCGCAUUGGCGGCAAGGGGUCAGCCCGCAGAAAGAAGAAGGUUGUGCACAGAACAGCUACAGCAGAUGACAAGAAGCUGCAGUUCUCCCUCAAGAAACUGGGAGUCAACAACAUCUCUGGCAUUGAGGAGGUGAAUAUGUUCACAAACCAAGGCUCAGUGAUCCACUUUAAUAACCCAAAGGUUCAGGCCUCCUUGGCAGCCAACACCUUUACGAUCACAGGGCACGCUGAGACCAAGCAGCUCACAGAGAUGCUGCCUGGAAUCCUAAACCAGCUGGGAGCUGACAGUCUCACCAGCCUCAGGAGGUUAGCAGAGACCCUGCCCAAACCAGCUGGAGACAACAAAGCCCCCAUGGUUGCUGCUGAAGAGGAGGAUGAUGAGGUUCCAGAUCUUGUUGAAAACUUUGACGAGGCUUCAAAGAACGAAGCAAACUAAUAAACACCAGCGAAUCUUCAAGGCUCUUCUUGACUCUCCAUACUUUGACACAACAGCAUUUUGUAAAAGUUGAUCUCUGUUAUUGCUCUGUGGCUACAAAUGUGGCUUUUUAAUUGUAAUCCUGGCAAUUGGGCUAAAACAAGUAAAAUUGACUUUUUAUGGCAACUGUUACCCACCCUUUUGUCUGCAGUACAAGUGAAAUUAUUUAAUUCAGUGAAAUGUGCAAACCUUUCUCCUUCUCACGCUGCUUCGUUGGCAUUGUGAUGCCCACACAUCAGAAAUGUAUUGGUGGAAUUAAUCAUGUAAUAAAGAUUACAUUUGAA